AUGAGGGACGGGCAGACGAGGGAAGGGUCGUUAAAGGUGCGGGUUGUCAGGGGAAUGAACCUCGCCAUCAGAGACUUCCGCAGCAGCGAUCCCUACGUCGUCCUCAGAUGGAGGAACAAGGUCCUUCCCCACUUCUCUCUAUCCCUGUCUGUCUGUCUGUCUGUCUGUCUCUCUCUCUCUCUCUCUCUCUCUCUCUCUCUCUCUCUCUCUCUCUCUCUAUCUUUGCCGCCCUCGGCUAGAAGAACAAGGUUCUUCCCCCAAUUCUCAACAUCCGUCUUUCUCUCUCUUUACCGUCCGCUGCUGCUGCUGCCAGCAGCUCUUCCUGAGCCCCGGGAGGGAAGGGUGGGCGGGAGGAAGAAGAGGAGAGGGCUGGUGAGGGUUGAAGGGCGGAUCGGCGGUGUCCAUCCGAUUUGCGUUCUGCAGUGUCCAAUUCCAUCCCCCGCCCCCCUUUUUCCUAGAGCCUCCGUGAAUUCUGUCCGUGUAGUCUGCUUCCUAAGUGCUCAGCAUCGGCGAAUGCGUCCCGGAUGAGAGGAACGGAGGGAGAGAGAAAAAGAUGUUGGAUCAGUUUUUCUUUGACUUUGAAGUCGUGCGAGCAAGGGAAAUAGGCCGAAUUGGGCAGAACUGGAUUCGGGUUGUCAGAUUCCUUGGGAAUCCAACUACGACACCAAAGUGGGACUGCCCCAGGAAAGGUCAACCUUCAUAGAACCAACCCUCAAUAGGCUUUACCAGCCUGAUUUGUGUAUAUUCUAAUAAAAGAAUAAUAGUAUAUAUUUACAUGAAUAUUCUUGAAACCUCUGGUCGGUGUUGAAAAGUCAGUGACUAUUGGUUGCCAAUGCCUUGACUUGAGAUUUUUCUCAGUUUUUCUGAAUAGCUUACUUACCAAGUUAAGAGGUAAAUUGAUUACUAACAAAAGAAACUUUCUUCUCAACAAGGUAUGAACCUUACAAUUGUUCAUGGCUAAUGUUCUUCUUUUGUCCCUUUUUUUUCUGAUUACCCACAGCGAGUAAAGACAAGAGUGAUAAAAAACAAUGUCAACCCUGAGUGGAAUGAGGAGUUGACCUUAUACAUUCAAGAUCCAAACAUAAGUAUCAAGCUGGUGAGUCCCCUUAGCUGCUCUUUAUGAAUUAUAGGUGUCCAUGGGUUCUCAUGAUUGUUUUAUUAGACGCGGUUAAUUGACUUUUAAACUUUUUAUCAUCAUAAAAAGAGAGUUUGAAAAAAACUUGGAUUGGCCAGCAUGUUCUCUGAUCCCAAUUUGAAUUAUAUUAGGCGUUGGCCAAUUUAGCCACAUGAUGUGCAUCAUCAGUUGCUAUGUUCAUCUCAUAUAUAGUCCAUUUAAUUUGAUGAUGUUAGGAUGAUAAUACAAUUAAACCAACUCUAUUACCAUUUUAUUGGAGCCUAGAAAAACCGAUUAUUAGAUCUUCAUACACACCUUUUAAAUUCAUUAUGAUCAUUUCAUUCAUUAUUGGACUGAAGGACAUUAGAUGUUCAUGGGAUGUUUCAAAUGCCAUUUGGAUGUGUUGGUUUAACAUUGAAAAUCAUGGAAUGAUACUAUAUAUGAGUUAAAUUUACUAUACCUCUUAGUAAAAAUUUAGACAUCUUCUCAUAUAUUACUUGACUUGCUUAAAUUGACACUAUACAGCACUACCUAAUUUCUUAUGCCCAUUGAAUCCACUAAAGCCAGUAUCAGAUCAUAAAUUAUUUGAAGUUAAUUCAUUGGUUGCUAGAUCCCUACAUGAAGUACCUCACUUCUUGAGUAUUAAUAUUUUAAAUCAUUAGAUCAUCCAAUAAACUUAUUUGAAUUCAUUGAUUUUUAGUAGAUCAAUUUGAAUUCCAAACGGCUAGCAUGACAAACUAUUACCUUAUCUCAUGUACCAUUCUAAGUCAUUCAUAUAAAUAAUACCAAGUAUUAUAUAUCUUUUUUGUACAACACCCAUCAGUCAAGAUGAUAAAAGUUCAUGAAUCAUACUAGGUUAGCUGUAAGUACACCUAUUAUUUUCAUCUUUUUAUAACAAUUCAUAACGACUUAUACAUUCAAUUUUUUUUGGGUCAUUUAGGAAGUCUUUGAUAAGGAUACCUUCACCCCUGAUGACCCUAUGGGUAAUGCAGUGAUCGACAUACAACCACUUGUGGAAGCUGGAAGAGCAGAUUUAGGGACUUUGGACAAUGACAUCAUAAGGAUAGUGAGUCCUAACUCAAUCAAUUGCCUGGUGGAUGAGAGCAAGAUCUACAUCUACAAUGGAAAAGUGGUCCAAGACAUGAUCUUAAGACUUAAGGAUGUAGAAUGUGGAGAAGUGGAGUUGAGGUUGGAGUGGGUCAAUGCUAGAAGGAAUUGGUGA